AUUUGCUGGUGGACUCCACCAGUUUCAUAUCAAACAAUUGGAAUGCAGGGAAGGGCAAGAUGUCACAUGAACAAAGCGACCAAAAAGCCGUCUUUGGUGUAUAAGUCUCGGUAAAGAGUCAACGGAUUUAAUUAAAUUAAAUUUAAUUUACUUUACUUCUAUAGCGCCCUUUAACAUUUGAAUGAUCAAAGGCGCUUUACAAUUAGUGUCUCUUCCACCCAUCCCACCCCAGGGGAGGACAUCCACCUCACAGUAAUCUCGUGCGUGGGAAAUUAACGUCUCCUACCCCAACCCUGCAGGAGACGGGGCCUACGGUUUUACGUCCUAUCCGAGAAGACGAAAAUAAAAUUUUAUAGUUGAAAAAUUUAACUGAAAGUCCAUCAAGGAUCGUUAAUCGUGACAACAGGCUGGUUGGAUUAAAGAGUCGUUGAAAUAAGAGCUUCUAUUCCUUAUUAAAUGUGCCUUUGCAUCGCGGGGUUUUUACCCUAGUGUGAUAAAAUACGAUUUCUAGCUACGUUUCGAUAAAACGCAGGUCUUCAUGCAAGCUACUUGUCAUACUAUUAUAUUUCAUAUUAAUACUAAAUUCGCAAUUUUGUAGAGACUUCCCACAUAAAUCAGCCACUGUCACACUGAAGUGUGCUGAAAACAAGAAAAGCAAAGAUGAUGCCGAAUUUGAAGUACUUGACGAAGAUAACUGGGUACGUAAAGUUUGUCUAAGCAUUCGCUGACACGUUAAUUCUUUAGUAAGUACUUUGAAAGCUGCACUGGCUUACUACCCCCUUUUUUUUUAGUUAUGACUUCAGAUUUUACACUUGUUGAGUAAUGUUUUAGAAAACUCCAAAAUAUUCCCGACUGUUCCGUGAUUUACUUCAUCGUAUUUAGUAAUGCUAAUACUGAUUUAUGAAUAUAGUAUGACGCAGUAUAUAUAUAUAUAUAGAGAGAGAGAGAGAGAGAGAGAGAGAGAGAGUAUAAUACCGUUAAGCAUAACUGUUAAGUAGAGCCCAUAUCAAGCAGUUGUUGUUAUCUCUCGAUAAGCUGUCAUUAAAGCUGUGUCACAUGCCACAAUGCAAGUAACCGCUUCAACAACAAUUACUGCGGUUUAUAAAGAACGCCUAUCAAUCCUUUAUCGCUAUUUAUAACACGUAAAAUAUGCAUUUUAAAGGCAAGAUUCCUUUAUAAGUGUAUUAAUCAGGAAAUCAUAUUCUUAUCUUUAUCAAACCCUCAGAUAUUUCAGUUGACCCACCUAUGCGCAUGUGGGAAUGGUUGUCCAACAAAAUCUCCGAAUCCUCAUUGUAAGUUUAAUUAUGUACAAUGACUUCAUAGACACGCUGAUUGAAACGGCGAAUUCUCUUCAGAUGAUUUUAAUGAGCACCAUUGAUGAAUCCUUACUGACUAGGCAGUUCAAUCCUAUUCUCGAAGUUGGAAAUUUAUAGAACUCCUUAACUGUUUACUCAAAAAGUGUGUCCAACCCAAAAUGGAAAAAACAAACAAACAAACAAACAAAGAAUAUGUCAGAAUAAAAAAAUUAAUUGUCUGAUAAAUAAAAUUCCUGCAAAUCUUCAUGUGGGCUUUUCAGAAUUUUGGUCGAAAGAAAAAGCAGCGCUUUAUAAUAAAAGUUCAUGUCCAUUUAGAUAUUUCCUUUGUUUAGACGCAGCCAAUUCGAAAAAAGUCAUAGUUCCAGUUGUUGCCACUGUUGGUCCUCUCACCCUCAUGAUCGUUCUAUGGUUUGUUUGGCGCCAUUUGAGGAGACAGAAUAGGAACAACGAC